AUGUCAAACCCAAGCAAUAUCCUGAUUUACAUCUUUAUGAUCUUGAUGCUAAUUUCAGGAACAGCAAACACUCUUACUGCUAAAGCAAUGGACAUAGUUCACUCUGAAGGCGCCAAAUUUGAGCAUCCUUAUUUCCAAACUGCAUCAAUGUUCUUCGGAGAAGUUUUAUGUCUAUUAAUUUACUACACAAUGCAAAGGAUCAACAAAAGAAAAAUUAGCAUCGACUCUAAGCCAAUCUUAGGGUCACCUCCUCCAGCCCCAAGGACUGGCCUGUAUAAGAAAUUAGGUCCUUUUAUAUUUGUAAUCCCAGCAUUUUUCGACUUAUUGGGUUCAACAUUUAUUUUUAUCGGACUUAUUCUUUCGGCCGCAUCUGUAUACCAAAUGAUAAGAGGAUUUAUAAUUGUAAUUGUGUGCAUUUAUUCAAUAAUCUUUUUAAAGAGAAGACUAUUCAGGCACGAAACUACAGGGGUGAUUAUGAUUACCUUGGGAAUAGCCAUAACAGGCAUUGCUAGCAUCGUUAAUAAAGCAAACACAGCUGAAGAUCCUGUGCUAGGAGUUAUAGUUUUAUUUAUUGGGGAAUUGCUAUUGGGAGGAAUGUAUGUAAGCGAAGAAUUGCUGCUGAAAAAUGUUAAUGUUGAUCCUUUGCAAGCAGUAGGAAUUGAAGGGCUUUGUGGCUCAUGUAUGUAUUUGCUUAUUUUACCAAUUUUAUAUGCAAUCCCUUGCAAUGAGCCUAAAAUGUGUGACGAUGGCCGUGUUGAAGACUCAAUACAAGCACUAAAGCAGAUAGGGGCGAGCUGACAAUUAAUGUUCCUAUGGUGGGGCACUAUGACCAGCAUUGCUUCUUUUAAUUUUUCAGGAAUUUCGACAACGAAGCAUGUAAGUUCUUUGGCAAGGUCCACAAUUGGCGCUUCAAGGACGUUUUUUGUAUGGAUUUUUAGUAUGAUUUUGGAAUGGGAGAAUUUCUUAUGGCUUCAAUUGAUAGGGUUUGUUUUAUUAGUUUUUGGGACUUUGCUAUAUAAUGAAGUUCUUGUGCUGCCGUGGUUUGGAUUCAAGGAAGCUGUAGGAAAGCAUAGGACUGCUUUGCUCGAAAAAAGAACAAAAGAUGGCACGGAUGAGGACGCCAUCGAAAUUGUGGGAGAUUUUAAACUUGGGAUGCAGUUUAGUGCAUGCACACUAUAA